AUGUCGGUACCAGUACAAAACGUGCCAAUUGAAUGUGAGCUAUCACGUUCCGCUGGACAGGUUGGACAUCACACCUGGGCAGAAAUGGAACGAUCGCCGAUUGAUACUAUUAAAUAUCCGAGGAGGCGAGAUGCGAAGAUAAUUUUGAGAAGUCAUACUUCUUCGAGAACAAAUGAGGAAGUUCGUUGGUACCUGGAAGUGGAUCAUCUUAUAUAUCUCCUAACCUAUCAUAUUCUGAUGAUAACGGGACUCCAUAAGCAUACACUUGCAGCAGCCUCUUUGGCUCUUUGGACAAGAAGGUUGAAUGUGAUAUCGUGGGGAGGAGGUCAAAAGUCUGACAUACAAAUUGGUGUAAGCAAAACAGAUUGGUUGCUUGAACUUGCUUCAACUUUUUUCAAGGGUCAUCCACGCAGGAGGGAGUCAGGGAGCUUUGCUGAUCGUAACAUUAUGCUUUUUCGAAAAGACCCUUAA